AUGUUAACAAAGGCCCAAACAGGGACAUGGAUGCCCGCAUGGGUUCCAGAGUCAACAAUCAUACUCUCUUUCUUGCUCAUGAUCUGUGCUGCUGUCCAAUCAUCUACAAAUGGAUAUGAUGGAUCAAUGUUGAACGGACUCAAUAUCUUGCCUUCAUACACUGACUAUUUCAACCUCAAUGCUGCAACGACCGGACUCAACACGGCAUCUGUGUUUAUCGGUGGCAUUCUUGGUCCUCUGGUCUCAGGCGUCGUAUCAGAUCGGCUUGGUCGUCGGCCGGCCAUCUUCUGGGGAUCUCUUAUUACUUUGCUUGGGGUACUGCUUCAGACGGCUGCUCAGAAUAUAGCCAUGUUUGUCGUGGCCCGUAUCAUUCUAGGUUUCGGAACUGCCUUGUCGGGUAUUGCAGGUGGGGUGUAUCUUUCCGAGACCUUUCCCAGCCGGUGGCGAGCUUGGGGUGUUGGUCUCCUCAAUGACUUCUACUAUGUUGGUGCUCUUAUUGCGGCAGGCAUCACGCUUGGUACAGGCGAGUGGCAAUCGACUUGGGCCUGGAGGCUGCCUUCACUCUUCCAAGGUAUCUUCUCGGUGAUUUGCAUCCUUAUCCUACCAUUCAUCCCUGAAUCCCCUCGUUGGCUUGUGCACGAGGGCCAUUUCGAAGAGGCUCGCGUUGUAGUUGCGCAGACUAACUCGAAUGGUAAUAUAUCUGAUCCCGUUUCUGUUGCAGUUUACAAGGAGAUUAUCGAUACGCUUGAAUGGGAAAAACAAGAGGGCCGCACUAUGAGUCCAAAAGAAAUCAUCAAGACUCCUGUGGCGAGGAAGCGCUUGCUCAUUGGAAUGUCAGCUGGUCCUUUCUCGUGCAUUGCGGGAAAUAUUAUCGCUUCCUAUUAUCUCGGAGCAGAACUUGAUUCUGCAGGUAUAACAGACAGCCUCGAUCAAUUGAAAGCGAACGUUGUACUGAAUGUUUGGUGUUUGGGUUGUUGCCUUGCUGGCACACAUUUGCUAGCAAAAUGGGGUCGCAAGCCUACUGCCAUCCUCUCUCAAUGUUUGCUUGUCGUCUGUCUGUUCAUCAUCGGAGGACUCUCCAAGAAAUACGCCGACAAUCCGGACGGUGCUUCCCAAAGCCUUGUUUACGGCGACGUAGCGGUGAUGUUCCUCUUCCAGGGGUUUUACUCCAUUGCGUGGACACCAUUGCUCUUCCUGUAUCCACCUGAGGUGAUGAACUAUUCGAUCCGUGCCAAUGGACUAGCAUUCUCACAGUUUUCUUUAAAUGCUUUAGCACUUGUCUUCGUGUUCAUCAUGCCAAUUGGCUUGGCGAAUAUUGGCUGGAAGAUGUACAUGGUCAACGCAUCCUGGGAUAUUGUCAUUGUGGGCCUCAUUGCCUUCUUCUGGAUCGAGACAAAAGGCAAAACGCUUGAGGAAAUUGACGCGAUUUUCGAGGGAGAAAAGCACUCUUCUGUACCAGACAUAGAGGAAGUGCGUUUAGGGAAAGCGAAGAUUGAUGUUGGGGCAAUUAAUGUUCAGGUUCAGGAGAAGAUGACUCUUAGCUGA